UUACAUCUCUAUUUUUUUUUUGUCUUUAGUACGAGUUCUACCUCGCUCGUUCUUAUUGGAUAUCAUGCCACGAGAGAUGUUGUCAAGUCUUAUUAUCUUGAAUGCUUAUUGGCUAGACACCAUUCGUAGCUUCAAUCCGGAACAAAUAAGGUGGUGCUGUGUUUUUUUUUUUUUUUAGUGCCGUUGCCGGUUUUCCUGGACACGCGGCCCUGUCUACGUUUGACGGAGGGAGGCAGAGAAUCGCGCUGCGACAUGUCUGUUUUCCACGACGAAGUUGAGAUAGAGGACUUCGAGUACGAUGAGGACACGGAGACCUACAGCUAUCCGUGCCCCUGUGGAGACCGCUUUCUUAUUACGCGGGAAGAUCUGGAGAAUGGGGAAGAUGUGGCGACCUGCCCAAGUUGUUCACUUAUAGUCAAAGUGAUCUAUGACAAGGAACAGUUCAUGUGUGGUGAAGAAAUCUCACCACUUACAGAAAGCAAAAAAUUAGUUAAAUGCUGAUAAUCAUUGAAGAAAUAAUGCUCUUCUUGAAUAGCAUGGCAACAAUUGGACAGAAAGGACACCUGUUCUGAAAACUUCAUGCUUUAUGCUUUAAUAAUUUAUUGCUUACCAGCAGCUACUUCAGUUCAAAGGUGAAUUGAUGUGGUGAAAAAAACUAUAUUUAUUUGUGCAAAUAAGAGAUAUUUGAAAGUAGUGAGUAAUCAUCAAGUUUAAGAUUGGACGUGAAGAUGGUAAACAUGCAUUUGGGUAUCAUGAAUGCUUGUUGAAUGCUUCUAUUGAACCUGGACUCUUUGAUUCUUCUGACUAAAUACAAAAUGUAAACUACUGGUUUUGUGUUUUAACAAAGAAAAACUGCAGCUUUUUUAAAAAAGGAGGAGACAGCAAAAUACAAAUUACCAGGCUUAUAAUAUGCACCAUCUCUCAAUCAACUGGAACUAUAGACUUGUUGAAAAACACAGUUUGUAGUUUUUUUUAUGGAAGAUUACAAGAUAUAGAGCAAUGAUGUCUCAAGAGGGGAGUGAUAUUCCAGAAAGUGAAGGCUACCGCAGGAAAGGUUUGCUAUCUAAUCCAUCCCCCACAUAUUUGUUCCAUAUGAGGGUAUGAUAUUCUAAACAGCCUUUUCUGGAUAACUAUCAUGCUCACUGAAUUGGGCAAUAUGAAAGAGCAAAAACUUACUUAUGUCAGUCCACUCUAGUCAUGUAAACAUUAACUAAAGUCCCUGUCAUAGCAUCCAUUGAUGUCAUAGCAGGGAUGACUACAGUUCAAAAAUAUCCCUCAGUGGAAGAGUAUAAAAACCUGAAUCAAUACCAGGACUAAUAUUAGCAGAUUGGCUGGAUGUUUACUCAUGACUAGUAACUGUUCUGUAGGAUUUAAUCUCAACUUGUUUCUGUCUGUCAGCUUGUUUCUCUCUCCAUCCAGACCCUUACAGUCUCUAGACACCAGUUCAGGACUUUAAUGGUAUCUCCAGUUCCUGGGAUGAUGAUGUAAAAUUAAAAGUAAUCAAAAUACUGAUGAAAAUUGAUCCUGAAGUGAUAUUUUCCAGUAGUAUUAUGUAGAAAUUUAACAAUGUAGGGGAGAGCACUCAGACGUCAGAUAUCAUAUUGGUAUUUCAUGAGCAUAUUCUCCAUGAUCACUGUUUAAAACUGCAGUUCAGAUAGGAGCACAGCAAUGGAACCUCCAGUUCUCAACCCUUGUAGAUGGUCCAGAGCAGUGAUGGGUUGCCACUGGUUCUCCCUGGAUCGGGCAAACUAGUAGCGGUGGUGGCAGGAGGCUCUGCCCACCUGCCUGGACACUUAUGUGAAUACGUAAAAGCAUCACAUACGCGUACCUACAAGAAAACCAAUAGCGAUGGGAUUUGCAACCCACUACUGGUCCAGAAGGACACUGUGUUUCAUUGGAUCAAUUGCUGCUGAAGGAUUAAUAGGAUUUAGGAAAUUCACUCAACCAGUCCAGGGUUCAUCAGAACUAUAAAUGAAUCUUGACUGGCAAUAUCCAUUUGAUAAUCCAUUUCUUCCAGGAUCCUCUCGAGUUGAUUUGCUGUCACCUUAAUAAGCUUCCCCAAAAAGUUGAAAACAAGACAAAAUUUAUCAAGCAUAACUUGGCUCAGGUAUAUCCAAGACAAGAUCCACUACUGCAUUUGUCAAGGCAGGCAACGUUAUUGCCUCUCAAGCAUUGAUUACUUCCUUGAUUCCAUUCUCAACUUGCCAGACCACCCAAAAGACUUGGGAAAGCUGUGGUUCAAGCCCAGUAGCAAUGGAAUUAAAACUAGAGAAUCCAAGGCUCACAGUCCAGCAUUUGUUUCUUUCAGUGGCCAGCCAGAUAGCUCUGAUUGGAGAUACAUAGUCCUCCCACUAUUACCCACCCAGAACUGAUAUAUGAAGUAAUACUGAAUCUUGGGGAUAAGUAGUUCCUGAUAGAUGUGUCUCCCAAUAUUUUCUCCAAUGCUCUUUUAAAACUAUACUAUUUACUAUAGUAUAGUAAAUAGUAUAGCUUAAUCUUGUAUCUUACUACAUAUUCUGUAGCAGUAAUGACUCCCAGUGCUCCUUUUCACAUUUUCUAGCAGGCUGGCAAUAAUAAGUCUCUUCCAAUGUACACCAUGGUGACUAUCAGCCAGGAGUGUGUGAGUCUGAAGAACAGGUACUCUACCUAUAACACCACCUCUACAACUUUUAGUUUGAAUGUGUUGUGUCAAAAAUAACCUUUGUGGAGAAAGUUACAACUAUGUUCUGGUUUUGAAUAAAUGUGGUUUCAUCAUAGAAGCAAUACAUUAAGGAGGGGAUAUCUUAUGUAAAUAGUGUUGUUCCCUUACAAAAACAAGAUGAACAGUUCAGCCUUCCCCAAAUGCCAGUAAGCCCCAUAUCUAUUUACCUUUGGCUGUUACCAGAGCAUCUUGAGAACAUACUUGGCUGCUGCUUUAAUUUUGCUUCAUAAGAAAGUGCUUGGUGCACAUUAGCUACAAUCUGCCAAAUUUCUAUGAUGCAGCUGUUAAGGGACAGUAGCUUAACAAUAUAGAAAACUAUUUGUGUAAAAGAGAAAGGUCGUAUAUGAGUACGUGGUUGCGUAUGCAUCCUCUUCUGGAAUUACAACAGAGUGAUAAACUAGGGGUUAUUAAUUAACAUUAACAAAAUUUGACUGUAGUGAAAACUGAUCUCGUGUAUCUAUGCAAUUAUUAGCGUAGCAAAAAGUAUCAACAGGUAGAAAACCAAAUUGUGCCCUACAGUAAAAAUGGGAAAGGGGGAUUUUUGUGUGUGUGUGUGAACUCGAUAGAAAGACAAAUAUCCAUUUCUCUGCAUGCUUCAGUUUUGAUUAUUUUUGUAUUGAUAUGCCAAGCUGCCUUUUGACAAUGGGUUGUAAAUAAACAGCUUCUUGGAAGACCA